UUCACGGAGAGAACGUGGGCCGCAAAAUGACAUGCAAUGAGUUCGUCCACAACUUGUCGGGAAUGAAUGACGGAUACGACUUUCCCCGAGAAGUCCUCCGAUUGCUAUAUCAGGCCAUCAAAGACACGCCUCUCGAGUGGAAUGCUGACGAAAGUCAUGAAAGUCAUGACACAAUAGAUGGGAGGAAUGCCAUGGAAUUGAUGGCAACAAACCUGAGCCAACAGAUCAGUAUUAUAGGUCACAACCCAUUUCUAGAGGUGCCGAACCCUAACUGCGCGACUGAAUACAAAAAGGGUUAUGUUAUGCGAAAAUCAUGCUAUGAAGCAAAUGGGAAAAAAACGCCGGUAGGGAAGAGGGGGUGGAAGAUGUUCUACGCGACGCUCAGAGAUCUGAUUCUAUACUUACAUAAAGAC